CCGCAACGACACCCGAACGAAGCAAAGCAAGUCCUCGGAGCAACCACCAUGACAUCCGAUUCUCUCUACGACCAAAUACUCGACCUAGAAGAACAAACAUGGGAAGCUCUACAAUCUGACGGAGCCGCUCUUACGCCGUUCCUCACCAAAGAUGCCAUCUUUCAAUUUCCAAUGGGCCUCAAAGUCACCGCCCACACCGAGCCGACCGUCGAAGAGAUCUUGCAUUCGUCAGCGUUCGUACCCUGGAAGACCUUCAAGCUGAGCAAAGUCGAUGUUACCCACGUUGGUCCCGAAGGAGCGGUCAUCUCAUAUCGAGCAAUAGCGACCAGGGCGUCGGCGGAUCCUAGGGACGAUCAAGAGGCAACGUUCGAUGCGUUGUGUUCGAGCGUGUGGAGGCUGGAGGCUGGGAAGUGGAUGAUGUGCUUUCAUCAGCAGACCAUGUACUCAACAAUGCAUUGGCUCCGAUUUGAGAUGCACCCCGGCUGUGUGGAGUAUGUCGUAAUACAACAUGUUGGAGAGCCGCAAAAGCGCGGUCUAUUGGCAAAGUUAAAGCAAGAGAACGACGACUUGAAGCAGAAGCUCGCGAACCUGUCAGCUCCUGCAGGCCGCGACCCACGUAACCGCUUUCAAGGCGAUCAGGCCUUACACGAUCUACGAGCUCUUCCUCAGCAAAAUCCGCUCGGCGUGCCGAACAUGCAGCACUCGCAACCUUUGCAAUCUCGACCCGCACAGACCCUCCCGCUCUCCAUUCCGAAUGCUCAAUUGCCUGGUGGUCCACAGAGCGCCCACCGGAACACGUCUCCGACCUCUUCCGACCUCUUUCCAGAUCGUGCCGCCAAGCGACUCAGAAUCGACUCACCCCAGGGCGCCACUCUCCGCCGUCCGGCUUGCACAGGCUGCUUCCAGAACAACCUGGUGUGCGAUGGCAGAGUCGUCUGUAGCGCUUGUCGCGAUCGGCGUUAUGGAUGCGAGUAUCGCUCGUGCCGGGACGGAGCUACGUGUGCCGAUGGAACAUGCAGUCGUCUGCAUCCAGGACAGUGGGAUGAGCAGGCUGAGCCGGAUCGAAAGAUUAAGCGAUUCACUUAG